CACCGGCCAGGCCCACCGACAUGGGACGCUCCUGCAGGGUCUCUGGGUGACUGUCCUGGCUCGGACACCGGGGCAAAGGCAGCAGAGGCCACCCGUACUAACAAUACCAUGAGAACCCUGUCCCCUCUGACCCUGGUGACGGGAAGGCGUUAAAGUGGUUGGCCCAAGGUCACCUCCUCCUAGGGGGCAGGGCUGACCUAGUGCAGUCUCCCGGGGACGACAUGAUGCUGUUCACCUCAAAUAUUUACUCACUAGCACCUGCCACGGUCCUGCCGGAGGCCAUGGGGACGUGGCCGCCCAGCCGGGAGGUUCCCGAGGACUGGCGGGCAGCACCCCCGCCCACCUGCACGAGGCGGGCUGACCACACAGUCCUCCGGCCUCCCUGGGCGUGGGCACUCUCUCUUCCUGGCCUUGUCCCCUGCCCUCUGUAAGUGGAACAACCGCUCUCUGUCUCCUUCUGCAAGCCACGCUGAGCCCUGUUGUAGGCUGGGACCCCGAGGAGCCUGCCCCUGGAGCUGGGGGCUGCCUGUCCUCCCAGGAGGACCUGGCACGCCCUUGUGUGUCCCAGCUACGUCUCAAGGUGUCCCAGGGCGCCCUCCCUGAGUCAGCUGUGCCCACCUGGGGCCUGGGUGUGCCCCUGGUGUGCCGCUGCCCAGGUCCCGGCCGCCUGACUCGGGCUGUGCCUGGGCGGCUCAGAGUCUCCGGCUCCCUGGCUGGCGUCACCUGAGCAACCCUGCUGAGGAGAAAGUGACCUGGAGCUGACCGCUCGGUGUGCCGCGCCCUCACCCCUGGACACCCCUGGACAGCUCUUGUGGGGUUCUCCUCUCUCAGUUCCUAAUGGCUGGAGGUUUGCUUCUUGCUGUGAUUUCCUUAGAAUAAAAAUGGAUGACCGGCCAUCCUCACGGAGGACACCUGCACUGACUCCCUGACCUUGCUGGCCAGGGUCCCACGAGGACAGGCGCAGCCCCCUGGGGCCUGGGUUUGUCCUUCCUGUGGGAAACACAGGUGUCUGGCUGCAGGGGGCUGAGCUGCCCCUGGCUGAUCCGCUUUGGGGCAGCUUAGGGGAUUUCUUUUUCUGGACCUGAUAGCCACCCCCCAGGUGCCCUCCCUGCCCCGGGGCUGGGAUUUAGUCAGUGCUGUGUCAGCCCCGGCUCCUCCUGGGCGUCCUCACCACUGCUGGGAGCUCUCCCUGGUCCCCCAAGGGCAGGAGCCGGCCACAGGCCAAGGGCAGCGAGUGGCGCCAAGGGCCUGGCCUUGGCUGAUGUCUCCUCAGGCCUGAGCAGGCAGGAGGCAGCGCCAGGAUGGACUUUGGGUCUCUGGAGACCGUGGUGGCCAACUCUGCCUUCAUCGCUGCCCGGGGCAGCUUUGACGGGAGCAGCGCCCCGUCUUCCAGGGACAAGAAGUACCGGGCCAAGCUCCGGCUGCCCCCGCUGUCCAAGUGCGAGGGCCUCCGGGACAGCCUCAACUCGGAGUUCCAGAGUGUGUGCCGGGAGCAGCCCAUCGGCAGGCGGCUCUUCCAGCAGUUUCUGAGGGCUGACCAGAGGCACGAGCCGGCUGUGGGGCUCUGGCUGGACAUUGAGGACUAUGACACGGUGGACGGUGACCUGCGGCCGCAGAAGGCACAGAGCAUUGUGGCCACGUACCUGGACCCCCAGGCCGAGCUCUUCUGCAGCUUUCUGGAUGAGGGGACCAUGUCGAAGGUGAAGGGGGCGGCCGAGGGGGGCCAGGAUGGGCUCUUCCGGCCGCUGCUGCAGGCCACGCUGGAGCACCUGAGCCAGGCCCCCUUCCAGGAGUACCUGGGCAGCCUGCACUUCCUGAGGUUCCUGCAGUGGAAGUGGCUGGAGGCCCAGCCUGUCGGGGAGGACUGGUUCCUGGACUUCAGGGUCUUGGGGAAGGGAGGCUUUGGGGAGGUGUCAGCCUGCCAGAUGAAGGCCACCGGCAAGAUGUACGCCUGCAAGAAGCUGAACAAGAAGCGUCUGAAGAAGAGGAAGGGGUACCAGGGCGCCAUGGUCGAGAAGACCAUCCUGACCAAAGUGCACAGCAGGUUCAUCGUCUCUCUGGCCUAUGCUUUCGAGACCAAGACUGACCUCUGCCUGGUGAUGACCAUCAUGAAUGGGGGUGACGUAAGGUACCACAUCUACAGCGUGGACGAGGAGAGUCCCGGCCUCCCGGAGCCGCGCGCCAUCUUCUACACGGCCCAGAUGCUGAGCGGCCUGGAGCACCUGCACCAGAGACGGAUCGUCUACCGCGACCUCAAACCCGAGAACGUGCUGCUGGACGACGGGGGCAACGUCCGCAUCUCGGACCUGGGGCUGGCCGUGGAGCUGCCGGAGGGGCAGGGCAAGACCAGGGGCUACGCAGGGACGCCAGGCUUCAUGGCCCCCGAGCUCCUGCUCGGCGAGGACUACGACUGCUCUGUGGACUACUUUGCCUUGGGGGCCACCCUGUACGAGAUGAUCGCCGCUAGAGGUCCUUUCCGAGCCCGAGGAGAGAAGGUGGAGAGCAAGGAGCUCAGGCAGCGCGUCCUCUCGGAGCCCGUUACGUACUCAGACAGGUUCGGCCGGGCCAGCAGGGACUUCUGUGAGGCCCUGCUGGAGAAGGACCCGGAGAAGCGCCUGGGCUUCAGAGAUGGCUCCUGCGACGGGCUGCGUGCCCACGCCCUUUUCAAAGACAUCAGCUGGAGGCAGCUAGAGGCCGGACUGCUGACUCCUCCCUUCAUCCCUGACUCCAGAACUGUCUAUGCGAAGAGCAUUCAGGACGUGGGUGCCUUUUCCACCGUCAAGGGUGUGGCCUUUGACAAAGCAGACUCGGAAUUCUUCCAGGAAUUUGCCUCGGGCAACUGUCCCAUUCCCUGGCAGGAGGAGAUGAUCGAGACGGGCAUCUUCGGGGAGCUGAACGUAUGGCGCCCUGACGGGCAGAUGCCGGAUGACAUGAAGGGAGUCCCCGUGGAGGAGACGGCCCCCGUGUCCAAGUCAGGAAUGUGUCUGGUCUCCUAGCCACGCUCCCGAAAGGAGCAGCUCUGGGUGGACAUGCAGACCUCUGGGUCAGCCCGUGGCCCCCAAGGGCGGGCACCAGCUCCCUUCCCCCUUCUCGAGGUCGAGAAGCCUGCCCAGCCCAGAGCAGCUCAGCCGCCCCCAGGAGCCCCGGGCCCACCAAUGUGGUUGUCCACCUUCUCAUCUCAUUUCACUCAAAAGAGGCAGGAAAACGUUCCAGGUGCAAUAAGGGCAGCAACAGACGGGCCCAAGGCCUUGCAGAGAUGCACCAGAGGACGCCCUUCUGGGCAGUGCUGGCCAGGGUGCAGUCAGAAGCCUGGGGCAGCUUGGGUCUCCUGGGCCUCCGCUGCUAAUACCCCAGCCCAGGUCCCUCGGAAGGAGGCCAGCUCUCAGUGAGAUGAGGGCGCAAACCACAGCUGCAAGACGCUGGACUCUGUACUGGCCCUGCUCCCAGCCACCGCACUUCAGGGACCCCCACUCGGGGGCAUUGAGUCUUGUGGGAGUGGAGAUGGUGGGACCUCCCUGGGCUUAGCUGGGAAUCACUGCCUCCACGAAGUGGCAGGGAAGCUGCCUCAGGGGCCAGCGAAAACUGGUGGUGGACACUGUCCUAUUUCAUCUCCUCUGUCACCCCUGGGGUGGACGUCUGUGUUCUCAUUAACACCACCUGUGGUAUAGUUGUAUAGCUAUCUUCUUAGUGCACAGCACCGGUGGUGGACGCCCGUCUCCUCGGUCCACAGCACCGGUGGUGGAUGCCUAUCUCAUCUCCUCCAUCACCACCUGUGGUGGACGCCCGUCUCCUUGGUUCACAGCACUGGAGGUGGACGCCAUCUCCUCGGUCCACAGCACCGGUGGUGGACGCCAUCUCCUCGGUCCACAGCACUGGAGGUGGACGCCCGUCUCCUCGGUCCACAGCACUGGAGGUGGACGCCCGUCUCCUCGGUCCACAGCACUGGAGGUGGACGCCAUCUCCUCGGUCCACAGCACCGGUGGUGGAUGCCUAUCUCAUCUCCUCCAUCACCACCUGUGGUGGACGCCCGUCUCCUUGGUUCACAGCACCUGUGGUGGACACUGUCUCUCAGUACAUAGCACCUGUGGUGGACGCCCAUCUCCUCCGUCCACAGCACCUGUGGUGGACACUGUCUCCUCAGUCCACAGCACCUGUGGUGGACACUGUCUCUCAGUACAGAGCACCUGUGGUGGACGCCCAUCUCCUCCGUCCACAGCACCUGUGGUGGACACUGUCUCCUCAGUCCAUAGCACCUGUGGUGGACGCCCAUCUCCUCUAUCACCACCUGUGGUGGACGCCCGUCUCCUUGGUCCACAGCACCUGUGGUGGACACUGUCUCUCAGUACAGAGCACCUGUGGUGGAUGCCCAUCUCCUCCGUCCACAGCACCUGUGGUGGACACUGUCUCCUCAGUCCACAGCACCUGUGGUGGACGCCCAUCUCCUCUAUCACCACCUGUGGUGGACGCCCGUCUCCUUGGUCCACAGCACCUGUGGUGGACACUGUCUCUCAGUACAUAGCACCUGUGGUGGACGCCCGUCUCCUUGGUCCACAGCACCUGUGGUGGACACUGUCUCUCAGUACAUAGCACCUGUGGUGGACGCCCGUCUCCUUGGUCCACAGCACCUGGCAAACCUGCACCUCCCGGGCCCUCAGUGACCCCGUAGGCCCACCUCACUGGGCAACCAGAGCUCCAUGUCCCUGACUUCCACCUCCUUCCCAGAGGGGCGAAGGCGCCUGGCUGAGAGGCCGUGGGCUGCAGGAGGCUGAGGCGGGCAGCUCUCCCACCUGUCCAGCUGCCAGUGGCCCCUGCUCUCUGGUAGGUGUUCCCACUGACUUCCUACCCCAGCGGUGUCUUCAGGGUCUUUGGGACCUCUACUGGGGGUGGUCUCUCAGGAACAGUCAUCCUUCCUGCUGACCCUAGCAACUCACAGCCUUCUAGGUCCUAGAUCUGAGGUCCUGCCUGGACGCUGGCCAGCAGCUGCAACUCAUCUGCUGUGCUUCAUGAUCUCCUGGGGAGGAGGGCAGCAGAGACCAGGGCCCUGCUGCAGGAGACUGGCAAGUCUCUCAGGAAGCCUGGACACUGCUCAUGGCAGGCCUGGGGUCCUCUGCAGAGAGCCCCCAGUUCUGACCCUACCGGAGACCCUCCUGGGACCCACAUCAUGCGGUGUCCUCUGUUGCAUGGCUGUCGCCGGGGCCUGAUGGGCAGUGUUCCACUUCUGACCCCCUGAGACCUGCAGCUGUGGUGACCCUAGCCCCCUCACUUCCAUAGUGAUUCUAGAAACUGUCUGCCCUCCAGAGGGGAGCAGGGGGAGCAGGAGAUGCCCUGGGGAGGUGCAGUCAGAAAGGACUUCGGAGAAAAAGAUGGUUCCGUUAAAGGACUAUUAAAAAUAUUAACAAAGAGGGCAGGUUCCUUGGAUCGUGGUAUGAAUUCCAACUUGCAUUCUUUCUUUUAAAAUUGAACGUACAUAUGCAUGCAUGUGCUUACAUACACACACCUUAAACACAGCUACACACUCACCCAUACACACUCCUGCACACACAUGCACACCUGCACACACCUGAACACACACCUGCACACACACCUGUGUAAACCUCUACACAGACCCAUACACAUGCAUAAUCUGCCUACACCUGCACACACCUGUCCACACCUGCAUACACCUGUACAUACCUGUGCACACACUACUAUGCACCCCCGCACACUCCAGCAUACAUCCUAGACAUCCCUCAUGUAUACACCCCUGCAUACAUGUGUGCACACACACCUGCACACGUGCACACACUUGCACAUCCCCCCACCCUUACACACAUCUUCAUAUUCUCCUACACACCCUGGCUGGUUAGGGGGAGCCUCCUGGCUGGUUGGGAGAUCUCCUGAAAGGGGGGCUUCCUGGCUGGGCAGCCUCCCGGUCGGCUGGGGAGCCUCCUUGUUAGCUCUGUCCCUCAAGCACCAGGUGUUACCGGGCUGUAAAGGGCAGUCUCUGGCCCAAGUGCUGGGGCACCAGAAGAACGGCAGAGGCAAACCCCCUGCCUCCUGUGGCUGAGGUCCUUGGGACGUGGGCAACAUGGACUGUAGAGUUCCGAGGGGCGACUGGCGGAGGUGAGACCGUGGAGAGCAGAGCAGGAAAGGAGUGUGCUAGCCCGGCUCCUGUCCCACCAGGUGGCCACAGAGGACCGUCUCCUCCCUGUUGGAGAGACCUGGGGCAAAGGUGGGGUGGGGCUGCCCAGGGCCUCAAGCCCACUGUGGUGGGCACCCCCACAGAGCUCUGGAAGCACUGGGGCUCCCUCAGGACUCGGGUUGACUGGUGUGGCACCAGGGGCACUUCGGCCCCACCCAGGGGACCGCAGUGUGCCGCACUCUUUGGAAACCCUGGUUACAGCUGGGUCCCACCUGCCCUCGUGCCAAGUGUGAUGUCCACCCUGGGUGGAACUCAGUGCCCUCACCCCCAAGGGUCACUUUCCCAGCAGCUUCUGUGCCGGGGUCCAGCCCUGGCGGGAUCCAGGGGUCCUGAAGGAGGAGUGGCGUCAGCGAAAGAAGAAGAGCGAGACGACAGGUUGCAAGUUAUGAGCAGCGUCCAGAAAGACCUGCUGCCCCAGGGGCCUCUGUUUUAUGCCUUUUUAUAGGUGUUUUUCCAGGUAGUUAAUGGAUAGCCUCAAAGCCUGGAGCUUCUUUGACUUACAUGAUUUUCAAGAGUUACCAUCUUUUCUGACAUACAGUGUUACCUAAGAUAUUGAGUACCUUGUUCAAAAUAUCGUUCUGUAGCCUUAGACAGUCAGGACGUGAGCGUCACAUUUUCACCUCAAUGUCUAGGGGCUAGGCUGCCAACAGACCACGUGUCUCCAGACUUUUAUUCACUUCUAACUUUAAAGCGUACCUAGAGUUAUUUUAUCAACCUUUAGCUUUAAAGCAUACUUAUGAUUAUUGGAAAGCUUUCUUACUUUUAAACUAAAGUCCCAGUAAAACACACUUAAAAUAGUGAAAGUCUAGUACUUAAAAGCCUACUACUCUGAAGUGCUUCUAAGAUAUAUCUAUAUUGAUCUUACAUCAUUUAUUUUUAAUUUCCAAGGUAAUUUCCUUUUUUCAUGUGACCUACUUAAUUGCUUUCUCACAGUUUCCUUGAUCCUUGGUCAAAGCAUGCCAGUUCUUAUGUCUCUGCAAUCUUUAAUAAAGGGCAGGCCUUACACCUCCA